AUGUCAUUCCCCAGUGUUUUCUUUUCUUUCAUAGCAUUACAUUCAGUGAGUACCCACAUGUAUGCCUUUUUUUUCUUAUUAAUACUUAGGUCCAGUAAAAGUGGGAUCCUUAGCUACUUCAGUAAUUAUUCUUCUUAUAAUUGCCUCAACAUUUUUUUUUCUUUUGUAAAUCUUUUGUCCCUUGUAAUUAUCUAUUUCAAUCUGUUCGUAUCUAUCUAUCUAUCUAUCUAUCUAUCUAUCUAUCUAUCUAUCUAUCUAUCUUCCUCAGUUUGUUCCUAUCUAUCUAUCUAUCUAUCUAUCUCAGUCUGUUCGUAUCUAUCUCUGUUUGUAUCUAUCUAUCUAUUUCGUUGUUCGCAUCUAUCUAUCUAUCUAUCUAUCUAUCUAUCUAUCUAUCUAUCUCAGUUUGUCCCUAUCUAUCUAUCUAUCUUCCUCAGUUUGUUCCUAUCUAUCUAUCUAUCUAUCUAUCUAUCUAUCUAUCUAUCUAUCUAUCUAUCUAUCUCAGUCUGUUCGUAUUCAGCGGGCUUAACGAACUCUCAGAUAAUGAUCCUAGUAUACAUUACGUUGACAAUCUAUCUAUCUAUCUAUCUAUCUAUCUAUCUAUCUAUCUAUCUAUCUAUCUCAGUUUGUUCGUAUCUAUCUAUCUAUAUUUUUCUUCUUUUUUUUAAGCUCUGUUCUUAUCUAUCUAUCUAUCUAUCUAUCUGUUUCAGUCUGUUCGUAUCUAUCUAUCUAUCUAUCUAUCUAUUUCAGUCUGUUCGUAUCUAUCAAUCUAUCUAUCUAUCUAUCUAUAUAUUUCAGUCUGUUCGUAUCUGUCUAUCUAUCUAUCUAUCUAUCUAUAUAUCUAUUUCAGUCUGUUCGUAUCUAUCUAUCUAUUGCACUCUGUUCAUAUCUAUCUAUCUAUUUCAGUCUAUCCAUAUCUAUCUAUCUAUUUCAGUCUGUUCGUAUCUAUCUAUUUAUCUAUCUAUCUAUUUCAGUCUGUUCAUAUCUAUCUAUCUAUCUAUCUAUCUAUUUCAGUCUAUCCAUAUCUAUAUAUUUCAGUCGUAUCUAUCUAUUUAUCUAUUUCAGUCUGUUCAUAUCUAUCUAUCUAUCUAUCUAUCUAUCUAUCUAUCUAUCUAUUUCAGUCUACCCAUAUCUAUCUAUUUCAGUCGUAUCUAUCUAUUUAUCUAUCUAUUUCAGUCUGUUCAUAUCUAUCUAUCUAUCUAUCUAUCUAUCUAUUUCAGUCUGUUCGUAUCUACUAUUUCAGUCUGUUCAUAUCUAUCUAUCUAUCUAUCUAUCUAUCUAUCUAUCUAUUUCAGUCUAUCCAUAUCUAUCUAUUUCAGUCGUAACUAUCUAUUUAUCUAUCUAUUUCAGUCUGUUCAUAUCUAUCUAUCUAUCUAUCUAUCUAUCUAUCUAUCUAUCUAUCUAUCUAUCUAUCUAUUUCAGUCUAUCCAUAUCUAUUUCAGUCGUAUCUAUCUAUUUAUCUAUCUAUUUCAGUCUGUCCAUAUCUAUCUAUCUAUCUAUCUAUCUAUCUAUCUAUCUAUCUAUCUAUUUCAGUCUACUCAUAUCUAUCUAUUUCAGUCGUAUCUAUCUAUUUAUCUAUCUAUUUUAGUCUGUUCAUAUCUAUCUAUCUAUCUAUCUAUCUAUCUAUCUAUCUAUCUAUCUAUCUAUUUCAGUCUAUCCAUAUCUAUCUAUUUCAGUCGUAUCUAUCUAUUUAUCUAUCUAUUUCAGUCUGUUCAUAUCUAUCUAUCUAUCUAUCUAUCUAUCUAUCUAUGUAUCUCAGUCUGUUUGUAUCUAAUAGGUGUAGAUAGGUUCGCCUAUCGUUCGGUGUACACUUCUCCUCGUUCUUUUAAGCAGGAGUAG